AAACCCUAGCAAAAUUGCGAAGCCCUCUGUUCUUCAGUCCCCCACAGUUCCCACAAGUCCAGACAGUGGCAAAAUAUCUUCAGAUCUUUCAGAUAGGGAAGAAGAUAUCUACAGUCGCGGCCAAAAUUCAAUCCAGACAUCUUCAUUCUGAUCCUAGGAUAGAGAAAAUGAGCGCCGCACAAGAAGCUCACAACAGGGAGGCCUUCCGUCAAUCCGUCACCAAUACUCUCGAACGCCGUCUUUUCUACAUUCCUUCCUUCAAGAUUUACCGUGGUGUUGCUGGCUUAUACGAUUAUGGACCACCCGGCUGCGCCGUUAAGUCCAAUGUCCUUGCUUUCUGGCGUCAGCACUUUGUUCUGGAAGAGAGCAUGUUGGAAGUGGAUUGCCCAUGUGUAACACCAGAGGUUGUAUUGAAAGCAUCUGGACAUGUUGAUAAGUUCACUGAUCUCAUGGUUAAGGAUGAAAAGACUGGUACUUGCUACCGUGCAGAUCACUUGCUCAAAGAUUUUUGCAAGGAAAAGAUUGAAAAAGAUCCUAAUCUAUCUGAAGAGAAGGCUGCUGAGCUGAAGCAUGUUCUUGCAGUCUUGGAUGAUCUUUCUUCUGAAGAAUUGGGUGCAAAAAUUAAGGGGUAUGGUAUUACAGCGCCUGAUACUAAGAACCCUCUUUCUGAUCCAUAUCCAUUCAACUUGAUGUUUCAAACUUCUAUUGGACCUUCUGGUGUGAGCCGUGGGUAUAUGCGCCCGGAAACUGCUCAGGGCAUUUUUGUGAACUUUAAGGAUCUUUACUAUUUUAAUGGAAACAAACUCCCUUUUGCUGCUGCACAGAUUGGCCAAGCCUUUAGGAAUGAGAUUUCCCCUCGACAAGGUCUGCUAAGAGUACGUGAAUUUACAUUGGCUGAAAUAGAACAUUUUGUGGAUCCAGAGGAUAAAUCUCAUCCUAAGUUCCCUGAAGUUGCAAAGUUGGAAUUCUUGAUGUUCCCUCGGGAAGACCAAGUUUCUGGAAAGUCAGCAAGGAGAUUGUGCAUUGGUGAAGCGGUUACCCAGGGAAUUGUUAACAAUGAAACACUCGGGUACUUCAUUGGGAGAGUCUAUUUGUUUCUUACAUCUCUUGGUAUAGACAAGGAACGCUUGCGAUUCAGACAACAUCUUGCAAAUGAGAUGGCCCACUAUGCUGCAGAUUGUUGGGAUGCUGAGAUUGAAUGCUCUUAUGGCUGGAUUGAAUGCGUUGGUAUAGCUGAUAGAUCUGCAUAUGAUUUACGUGCUCACACAGAUAAAAGUGGUGUGGCCCUAGUAGCAGCUGAAAAGUUUGCAGAACCAAGAGAAGUUGAGAAACUCGUUAUAACACCCAUAAAGAAGGAGCUGGGCCUUGCUUUCAAGGGUAAUCAGAAGAUGAUAGUUGAAGCAUUGGAGGCAAUGGGGGAGGAAGAAGCUUUAGAAAUGAAAACGAACUUGGAUUCAAAGGGAGAAGUACAAUUUCGCGUUUGCACACUUGAGAAGGAUGUGACCAUUAAGAAGGGCAUGGUGACAAUCUCCAAGGAGAUAAAGAAGGAACACCAAAGGGUCUUCACACCAUCAGUUAUUGAACCUUCCUUUGGCAUUGGGAGGAUUAUUUACUGUCUUUACGAGCAUUCCUUUUAUACCAGGCCUAAUAAAGGCGGAGACGAGCAAUUGAAUGUUUUCCGUUUCCCUCCAUUAGUGGCACCCAUCAAAUGCACCGUCUUCCCAUUGGUUCAGAAUCAAGAAUAUGAAGGGGUCGCCCGAAGCAUUGCUAAAGCUCUAACUGCUUUCGGAAUCUCUUAUAAGAUUGAUCUCACAGGUACGACGAUUGGGAAGAGGUACGCGAGGACAGACGAGCUUGGCGUGCCACUUGCGAUUACAGUUGAUUCGACGACAACAGUUACAUUAAGGGAGAGAGACAGCAAACAUCAGAUUCGUGUCAGCGUCGAUGAAGUGGCAACAGUUGUCAAGGAGGUGAGCGAUGGAACGAGCACGUGGGCGGAUGUGCUGUGGAAAUACCCGACUCAUUCUUCAUCAACAAACGAGGAAUGAAAGGAAAAAAUUUAAUUUAAUUUUACUGAAAGUUCGUUACAGUUAUACCAUACCUGGGUUUGUGACUUGUUUGUUUGCUUUAAACGGUUGUUGAAAACAUAUUAUAAGAUGCACAAGUUUUUUUAAUUGUAACACUAAAACUUGGCUUCACUUAGUUUUGAUUAUAAGAUUCUGAAUCAGUUUUGUUUAUUU